AUGAUUUCACCUGUGCUCUAUAAUCCAGUAAAUAUAUCAACAGCUGUGUUUUCAAGAACUCAUCUGGGCAUAUCCAAGGAUUUUCCAGCACAACUUUAUGAUUCUUUGCACAACAAAUUCUAUUCAAGAAGCCGAGAAAAUGGGCAAAUCAAGAAACUGACAAAAGUGAUGGCCACACUGGAUCAAGUUCCAAAAGUGGAACCGGCUGAAACUGAUACAAUUUCAAGGUCACCGGAAAGGAAGCUGAGGAUUCUGGUGGCGGGUGGUGGGAUUGGGGGGCUGGUUUUUGCGUUGGCGGCGAAGAAGAAGGGCUUUGAUGUGGUGGUGUUUGAGAAGGACUUGAGUGCAAUCAGAGGGGAGGGACAGUAUAGGGGUCCAAUUCAGAUACAGAGCAAUGCAUUGGCAACUUUAGAAGCGAUUGAUGUAGAUGUGGCUGAAGAAGUUAUGAGUGCCAGGACAGUAUAG